GGGCAUGGCAAAGCCAAGAAAGCAAAAGGCCCUGUCAAAGUCGUCGAUGUCAAGACUUGCACGGCAGAGGAGGUGGAUGACGAACUACAGAAAGAGCUGGAGUUCGAGAAGAGCAGGCCGGCCAGACUGCAGGACGCCCCGUUUUGACGUACCACCGGAUGCUGAGCAACCCACUGGGCGCAUGACCAUAACCCCUCAACUCACCCGCUGCAAGUUGUUCUCACACAUCUUUGUCUUAUCUGAAUGUUGA